CCCAUCAGUGUUGGAUAGAUUGAAUCCAUUACUGGAGCCUAAUGGAGCAUUGUCUAUUGAUGAGAGAGGAGUUAUUGAUGGCACUGUACCAACUGUUAAACCACAUAAAGACUUCAGGUUGUUUUUGACAAUGGAUCCUGUCCAUGGUGAAAUAUCAAGAGCAAUGAGGAACAGAGGAAUAGAAAUCUCAAUAUUACCACAGGAUGUUGAGUCUCUUCAUUAUGAUUUAUCUUCUCUCUCUUACUCAAUGAGUGUUAAGUGCCUAAUGUUAGAUCCAGUCACUGCACUAGUUAAAAGAGAUCUUCACUACAUCCUCAUACAAUUCAUUAAUUCUCUUAAUACAAGACAUACCACCAUUAACGAUUUAUUAUCAUUGCAAGCUCGUUUAAGGCUAUUCAUUGAUUUGUCGUCUGUGUCUGAUGUACUACCACGUUACAAUGCUCUCAUUCAAUUGGCCAAUAAUAUUAGCCACACCCCUUUACUUCAGUGUGUUGUCAUGGCAACAGCAGAUGUACUCUCCGAUGAUGACUUUAAAAGUGCAACUAGAAGAAUCUUAUUACAUUUAAUGUUUAUAUUAGGUAGAGACUAUCAAUCUCAUUUUAAUUAUAAAAUUAAUGAGGCACUACAUGGAGUACAACCAAAUGAAGAAACAGAUUAUUUUGAUGGCGUUGUUGAUUCCAAGUUAUUGUAUUAUACUCAUAAAAGAUUGAGUAUUUGCAUGAAUAAUGAAUGGUCUACUGCUCCUAGUCUGUUUCAAUCAGUUAACAGGAGCUCAGUAUCAAGUGGUUCUGUGAUUGAUAGAAAGACUAUAGUGAAACUAAAAGAGUUUUUAGAUACGUUUUUGACUGAAUUGCAGUAUAAUAAAAAAAUACUGUCAAAUAGAGCUAUUGAUUGUUUGAGGUUAUUUGUAUUCACUUGUCACACUCCUGACUGGUCUGUCCCAAAGCUUGCUGUUAGCUGGUCGCUACUAAAGAAAAUCACCUUAGCAGAAUAUGAACCAAGCAACAAUGUUGCCAGUCUUCUUGAGUCUUGUGCUGUAUUGGAUCAGUUAAACUCAGUAGAUGUUCAUUGUAUUCAGUUGUUUAGGAAAGGACUAGGUUCACCAUUACCUCCUGCUUCACUCAUGCAAGUUAAUUUGAUG